GCUGUGGCCUCUGGAGACGGACGUGGUCUCAACAUCAACCGUCACAGUUCAAACUUCACGCAUAUCUCACCUCACAUACCUCAUAACUACAUACAGCAAUAUAUCCAGAAAUCUACCAUUCCAUUACCCUCACAUCACCUCACCGCGACCAUGACCGCGACCAUGACCGACUACGCAACAUACAAGCACUUCAACGUGAGCAUGCCGUCCGCGCACGUCGCGCACGUCGAGAUCAACCGGCCCGCGAAGCUCAAUGCGUUCCACCAAGAGUGCGUCCAGAUGUGGCUCGAAUACGGGCAGCUCUUCCGCGCGCUCUCGGUCGACGCCUCCGUGCGAGCGAUCGUGUUAUCCGGGGCGGGCGACCGCGCAUUCUGCAGCGGACUAGACAUCACCUCCGCGCCGGAGCUGACCUCAUCCACCAGCAGCAGCAGCAACAGCAGCGGGGGCGGGGGCGGGGGCGGUGGGGGCAUGGACCCAGCGCGGCGUGCGUUCGCGCUGCGGCGGCACAUCCGCGAGUUCCAGGACUGUAUCGGCGCGGCGGCAGCAUGCGAGAAGCCUGUGAUCGCAGUGCUGCACGGGAUCGCGUACGGACUCGCGAUCGACAUAGCGUGCUGCGCGGACGUGCGCCUGUGUGCUGCCGACACUAGAUUCUGCGUUAAGGAGGUGGAUAUAGGAAUAGCCGCAGAUAUUGGCACGCUGACGCGCCUGCCGAAGGUCGUGGGGUGCGGCAGCUGGGUCCGCGAGGUGGCCUUGACGGCUCGCGUCUGGGGCUCCGAGGAGGCCGUCAGCGUCGGCUUCGUUAGUAGGGCGCUCCCCGGAAAGGAGCAGGCGGUCGCCGAGGCGCUCAAGACUGCACGCCUCAUGGCGGAGAAGUCGCCCCUCGGCGUACAGGGCACUAAGGCGCUGGUUAAUUACUCGGUCGAUCAUACUACGCAGGAAGGACUGGAUUACACGGCGGUCUGGAACGCGGCGGCGAUACAAGCGCCAGAUCCGGCGAUUGCCAUCCAGGCUACCAUGCAGAAGAAGAAGGCGACGUUCGCGAAGCUGUGAUUUCGAGAGUGAAUACAUACAUAUCGUAGGUGGAUGCGACGGGCUGCGGAGCUUCUGGUUCGUCGCAUGUGUGGUUUAUCGCAUUUAUCGCAUCUAUCGCAUGUACAGUCGCAUAUCCAGAGUAUCGAUUGUGUAAUAUAUUGCGAGUGCGGAAACUGCAUGCGGGGCGACGUUUGAAUAUGGUCACAUCCGGGCCCAUAGCGUCGGAUAAUGAGAUGGGCGCGGAGGCGAACACGAUAGAGUGUGCAUACGACAACGACAACAACGAUAGGUAAAAUAAUAAAUAAAAAAUACG